AGGCGCAAGGCACGUUGCGGGCAGCAAAGCAGGCGGAACAGCAGGUGCAGGAGGCGGCCAAUCAAACUCGGCAGCAGGCGGACCACAACGUUGCUGACUUCCGCAAGGCUGAGACUAUGCUCCAGGCAGAGUUGCGAGAGGUGAGCGAGUCUACCCGAGAGGCUGAGACCACGCUCCAGGCAGAAUUGCGCGAGAUGAGCAACUCUGCCCGAGAGGCGACCGGGGCUUUGCAGCGUCAGCUGCGGCAGGUGGAGGCGCAGCUGGGGCAGCAGGAGGCGGUGCAGGCGGUGCAGGCAGAGCAGGUGGCGCGUUUGGCGGCCAACUCUCAAGAGGCCACCUCAGCCGUGCGCGACAGCUUCUCCAAGGUUCAGAGUCUAUCCACAGAAGCCUUGACUGGCAUCCGAACGCAGAUGAAGGAGACCAGGCAGCGCGUGGCAGAGGCGGAGAAGGCCCUGCGGGCGGAAGUCGCACGCUCCUCUGAGGAAAUCGCCGGCAAGGCGGAGUCGGAGGCGCAGCAAGCCUCACAGAUGGUCUCCCGCCUGGCCGCAGGUGUGCGGGGUGUGGAGGAGAUGGUGGAGCGCAGGACUCAGGGCAUGGCGACAGAGCUGGAGGCCUCCGUGACCGCCGUCUCCUCGUUGGGCGCUGCCUUCUCGCGCAGCGCGCGCGCCAUGUCCUCGGAGGUUGCUGCAGAGAAAGACCGCGCUGCACGGGUGGAGGAGGACAUCGUUGCUCGGUUGAGGAGGUUUGAGGAAGCGGUGAAGCGGCAAUCGCAGUCUCAGGCGCAAGUGCUAGAUGAGCUCCACGAGGCCGUUGCAGCAGCGUCAGAGCGCCGGCGUGGCGAGGAACAGGCCCUUCUCAAGAAGGUGCAAGAUGUCCUGCGCUCCACCAAAGACCAGGCGCCUAAGGAGCGGCGAGAGACCAUCGAGGCCUGA